AUGUAUACGGUAAUCAUAAUAGACAAUGAAAUUAGCUUUCUUCUUUCUCUGUUUGGCUCCCGUGAACGUUUCUGUCUUUUCAUUUCUCUGCUCCUGUCUGUACCGUUCUACACUUCUUUCUUGCUAUUCUCUGUUUUCCCUUUCUUCCUGCAUUGCAUUUCUCUUGUUCUCGGUUUCUUCAGUACUCGGCAUCCUUUAAAGUUUUUGUUUUUCCUCACAUACUCGGCAUCCAGUGAAGAGAUGGUUUACAUCUUAGACCAGCAGCUGAUUGUCUUCUACGUCCUCACCCUCAAGUUGAGGGAAACCAUCGAGGCUAAUUUCUGCAAACCCCAGGCAAAGCUGAUCGCCAUGCCUUUUCUUCCCAGCUUGCACAAGUCCAAUCCCGAGACCAAACCCGAUCACAAGCCUCAGCUGCCUCCGCCGCAGCCACUUGACUCCCCAUGGAUCAUCUCGAUCAUCGAAAAGAUCAACCAGGCCCGACAGGACGAGGCUUCCUCAACAUGGGAUACCCAAUCCAUCUAUCGCGUCCCCAAAACCCUCCGUGACGUUGAUCCGACCGCCUACACCCCUAAGAUCGUCUCCAUUGGCCCCUACCACCGUGGAUGCCGACACUUAAGCACCAUGGAUCGCCACAAAUGGCGCUCCCUUCACCGCGUUCUCGACCGAACUGGCCACGACGUCCGCCUUUACCUCGACGCAGCCCGCUCCCUCGAAGUCAAUGCCCGUUCCUGCUACGAGGCUCCCAUCUCCAUGUCCUCCGACGACUUCGUUGAAACCCUCGUCCUCGACUCCAUAUUCGCCCUCGAGCUCUUCCGCGGCGUUGCCCUCAAGGGAUUCCAAGGUCUCGGCUACUCCCCUAACGACCCCGUCUUCACCGUCAGCGGCAUCAUGUUCUCGCUCCAGCACGACAUGAUAAUGCUCGAGAAUCAGCUCCCUCUCUUCGUCCUCGACCGGAUCCUUUCCCUCCAGGACGACUGCGAGCCUUCCCGCUCAAACCGCGUCGCUAGCCUCGCGAUCAACUUCUUCAAGGACCUUAUGCCCACCGAGGAGUUCGAUCCCACCGUGUCUUCUGAUACUCUCUACAAAGCCGGCAGAAGCGGCGGAGCCCUACAUUGCCUCGACGUCUUCCGCCGCAGCCUCCUUCCGCACCACACGCCAGCUUCCUGUCCACGGCCAAGCUUCCGUAGCGAGCAAUCCGCACAGCCCGUUGAAUUCGCUUGCCCAAUGCCCUUCUCGGACGCUUGCUUGCUUCCAAUUGACGACGAGCGUUAUCAGCAGCUCAUUCACUGCGUUGCUGAUCUCCGCGACGCCGGCAUCAAAUUCCGGCGCCGGACAGGCGUCCCGUUUUGGGACAUUGAGUUCAAGGACGGCGUCCUAUACAUCCCCCGCCUUUUUAUCCAGGAUGGGACCAAAUCACUCUUCCUUAAUCUCAUAGCGUUCGAGCAGUGUCAUUUGGAGUGCGGCAACCACAUAACCUCAUACAUUUCCUUUAUGGACUACCUCAUCAACUCAAAGGUGGAUGUCGGGUACUUGCAUGACAAGGAAAUUAUCGAGCAUUGGCUCGGGAGCGAUAAGGAGGUGGUCGAUAUGUUCAACCAGCUUUGCCAUGAGGUAGUAAUCGACUCUGAUGAUUGCUACUUGUUGAAGAUAUCGAUGCAGGUGAAUCGCUACUAUAGCAAUAAAUGUAAUACUUGGAGAGCCAGCUUUAACCAGAAGUAUUUUAGUAAUCCAUGGGCUUUCAUCUCUUUGAUGGCUGCUGUUGUCCUGCUUUUGCUAACUGCUUUACAGACGUUCUAUACUGUCUAUCCCUAUUUCAAGCCAAAGUAGCUACUUUUGCUCUCCGAUGGCUUCUAUUAAGACUUUUAUUAGUUAAUUAUUAUCGU